GGUUUCUAACAAAUAAAGACAACUUAAUCUCUGUUUAAAGUUGUUAUCCGUACUGUUCCCGUACAAAUCAACUGGAAAUAAAUUCGCACGAGACUUUAAAAUUGUUGCAUCGCAUUUUGUUACGAAAUGGAGAAAAGCAAUGCUCCACAAAAAGACUUGGUAGACAAGGUGUUGACGAAUGAGUACAUUAAAUUAGAGGAGCUUCAGACACCGGGAGAUUUUAAUGUUGACGAGUUUUUGGUUUCAAAGCGGUAUCUUGGAUUGGAUGGCCUUGAAGAAACUCUCUAUCGAAAAUGUGAAGAGUUAAAUGACGAGUUACUUCAAUACAUAAGCAAUAACUACCAGAAAUUUGUCUCUAUGGGAACUAAGAUGCAUCAGGCUACAGAGAAAAUCCAGACCUUACUAUCCCAAGUUGAUAGACUUAAACAAGAACUCCAGAAUCUUAACUCUCUAUCGCUUGAAAAACAGAACAGCCUUCAACUUAGUUUAGAGGAGAAGAAAAAACUGAAUCAACAAUUGGCUGAAUGCACUGACUUGCAAACGCUUAAAGAUAACCUGGAACUCUUAGCUUCGAUCAAAUGUAAUAGAGGUCUCUGGUUCACGACACUACGGGAAGCCAACUUGCUUUGUGAGAAAUACGAGCACAUUCCUUGGGUGAGUAAUGUAAAGACCGAACUGAAGACUUUUCAAAAGACCGCAUCGCUAUGAUAAUAUAUUUAAUGCAUUAUUCCAAUACCUUUAUAUAAAACCCCAAAAGUAAAAUUUUUAAUAUUCCCAAUAUAACUACUUUGAAACUUAGUAAUAGUUUCCCCAGAUUAUUUAAUACUUCCUCUAAGCGAG